AUGCCAACCUGUGUCACAUCUAAAAGUGAGGAGCACUCCUUGCGCUUACAGAAUAUCCAAAUGCCAACAAAGGACAGUGUUUUUGCUGAGGAACAACGUGAGCGCUGUGAUGUUGUUGACAAUAAAACCCCCUUGCAUGUUCGUCAUCCUUCGUCAGGGGAGUCUCUCAGGACCAACAGUAGGGAUAAUGAAAAGGACACGAGCACCGCAGAGUUCCCUAUGCGGAAAAAAACAUACCAAAUAACGCUUUGGACUAAACUCAUGUCGGUGCUAAACUUUUUUUUAUUUCUUUCAAUUAUAUGGUUUAAGGAGAUUUUCCACGGAAUCUUUUCGUCUCCCGAUAAACGCUUUCGACGAGGGUAUGCGCCCCUUAUAAAGGAUUUCGACGAGCUGUGGAAUCGAUGCUUUUAUCGUCGCGCCAGCAACUGUUUUGCCAUUCCGAUAGACAGCCGCCCGUCGCGAGUGAUUGGGAUCAUGGAGCGGGUUUCACAUGACGAUAAUGCGACAUUCCAGCGUACGGGUAAGAUUAUUCCCGCGAUCAACCUUGGCUCCUACAAUUACCUGGGGUUUGCGGAUGACGUACCGAUCGUCACACAGAACGUUCUGGAUUGCCUUGCUGAACAGGGCCUGUCAUCGUGCAGCCCGCCUCAGGAACUCGGGCAGAAUGCGCAGUUGGAGAGAUUGGAGAAGGCGUUUGCCAACUUCCUCGGUAAGGAUGAUGCCAUUGUCUGCGGGAUGGGCUUUAGCACUAACUUCAGGGGCCUCCCUGCCCUUUUCGGUAAGGGCACGUUUGUCAUUUCUGACAAGCUCAACCACUCUUCAAUUGUGAAUGGCGUGCGCUCCUCUGGCGCCGUGGUGAAGCCCUUCAAGCACAACGAGUACGCGGAGGUUGAGAAACUGGCGCGUGAGGCCAUCAUCUUUGGGCAAAAUCCUAGCGGUCCGUACAAGCCUUGGGAUCGCAUCGUGAUCAUCGUGGAGGGGAUCUACAGCAUGGAGGGUGAGAUUGUCGACCUCAAGACUUUUGUGAAUAUAAAGAAAAAGUACAAGGCGCUCCUCUUUGUGGACGAGGCGCACUCCAUCGGCGCGAUCGGCCGAACGGGGCGCGGUGUGUGUGAGUUUACCGGUGUCGAUCCGAAGGACGUCGACGUGCUCAUGGGUACCUUCACCAAGAGCUUCGGCUCCAUUGGUGGCUACAUCGCGUCGGACCAAAGCGUGAUCGACUACAUCCGCGUGCAGUCUUCGCUAGCCCUGUACUGUGAUACGCUCUCGCCGCCGUGUGCUCAGCAAGUGCUAUCGGUGCUGGAUGUCAUUCUUGGCAACGAGGGCACAAACAUGGGGCGGAAGCGAAUCGCACAGCUCAAGGAGAACUCGAGCUUCUUCCGCCAGGGGCUCAUCAAGCGUGGCUUCACAGUUCUCGGAGAUGAUUCUAGCCCAGUGAUCCCAGUUAUGCUCUUUAACUUAUCCAAACUACCUGAGGUUUCCCUACGCUGCCUCCAACGAGGCGUGGCCAUUGUGAUCGUUGGCUAUCCUGCCACGUCACUUUUGGAGGGUAGAAUUCGGUUCUGUGUUUCCGCCGCGCAUACUCGUGAGGAUUUGGAGUACACGUUAGAUGUAAUGGAGGACUUGAGCAAAUACAUUUACAUGGACUAUGAGGGGUCUAACUUUUUUAUUGCUAAAAAGAAGCAGCAAGAUUUGCUUGCCCAUUAA